AUGGGUCGACCUUUGUCAGACUAUAUGUCCACCAUGUCAGAAUACCCUGAGUACUCUCUUGUUGCUGUAGCUCCUGGCAACCAAAUUGAGGGUUACAUUACUGCAAUUAAUGUAGGAGAAGGUUUAGAAAAGCAUUGCGAGAUUAAGGAGAUGCAUUACCUGAGAGGCGACAUGGCUGAGAUGCUACUCAAGACAGUAGAGGAAACAGCUGACAACAUGCAUAAUGUGUAUUAUUUGGAAGUAGAUUUGCACUCAGACAACCAAAAAUACCUUGAAUUGUUCAAUAAAGUUGGGUAUACUUGCAGUAAGGAGUAUUAUGAUGUCAUUCGUGGAGAUCUAAGCUCACGAAAUACUUGUCCGGUGGAGGCUUGCAUCUCUUGGCAGAAACUGCAGCAACCAGUACUGGCAUCUAAAACUGGACUUUCAGUGCCUUCUUCUACUAGUCCUUCAGAUGUGAUUACCGACGGUGAUAUGCAUAUACAUUUAAAUAGUGAUAGUGGUAUACAAAAAUACAUGAUAAAUAGUACGUCAAAGUGA